UCCACCUGAAAUGCAAUUUGUUUAUGUUCUUCCUGGUUGGGAAGGUUCUGUUGCUGAUGGACGAGUUCUUCGAGAUGCCAUUAGUAGGAGGCAUGGACUAAAAGUUCCUCACGGUUGUUAUUAUCUAGUUGAUGCUGGAUACACAAAUUGUGAGGGAUUUCUUGCAUCUUUUAGAGGACAACGAUAUCAUUUGAAUGAUUGGCGUAAGGGUUAUCAGCCAAGUACUCCGCAAGAAUUUUUUAAUAUGAAACAUGCCUCAGCACGUAAUGUUAUUGAAAGAUGCUUUGGGUUAUUAAAAAUGAGAUGGGGAAUACUUAGGAGUCCAUCAUUCUAUCCUGUAAGGGUGCACAAUAGGAUCAUUAUUGCAUGUUGUUUGCUCCAUAAUUUUAUUCGAACCCAUAUGAGUAUUGAUCCUAUUGAAGCGGAGGUGGGAGAAGGAUUACCUAGUAAUGUGUUAGAUGACGAUGAACCGAAUAUCGUCAAUAUUCAUCCAUCGGAUGCUUGGGCUACUUGGAGGAUGGAACUAGCCAACCAAAUGUUCGAUGAAUGGCAAGCAUCUAGACAUUAGUUAGGUUUAAGGAGAAACUUAGUUUGAGUUCAUUUGUUUAUGUUAUUUUAUGUAUAUAGUUUGUGAAACUUUGGUGGUGUUUUUGUGUUUAUUGUAUUGUACUAAACUUGUUGAAUUAUAAUUUGAUUUCUUUUCAUUCAUCAUGUGUUAUAAUUUUAUUCUUUAUGAGUUUUUUAUUCAUGAUAUUGA